AUGCCCACCAGCUCCUUUAUUCUCGACGCCCCCAUCCCUCCGCAGCUCGAUCUCGCUGGUGCACCUUCUCAGCUUUUCCAGGUGCCACCCACUCCGUCCGCCUCCUCCGCUCUCUAUCGCUCCAUCGCCGUCCCUUCAUCCAGUCGGAAACGAUCGCGGGCUUCUCCAGAGAAUCGCUCAUGGCUCGGAACCCCGGUCGAUCGUCGCAGUCCCGCCCCCUGCUUCGUCGCAGCCGAUGAUCGUCACUUCUCCCCGAUGGACGACGAGACCGACAUCUACCGUCCCAGUCGCUAUCGAAAUCCGCCCCCACUCCAUCCUCUCGACGCCAGUGUCGAGUCCCUCGGUGAUCUCGGCAGUCUCCGGUGCAAGCGGAGUCGCCGUGACCCGUCCUCCGUGGUAGCCGCAUCGCCGGCUGACGAGAAAUCCGCGGCCGCCGGUCCCCAUCCUUCCGCACACCUCGGUACCGAACAGCCCGCCCCGGUCCGCUGGAGUCGCGCCGUGCUGAAUGUCGUCGGCAAGGUCUGGGAUUUCUGCUGGUCGGGUGCCUUUCGCGGGUUUUAUGCGGGUGGAGGCCAGGGUUACUCGCUGGCCGUGCCGCACGAGAACAACGCUCCUCCAUCUCACACCAUGGCUGACGAGUCUCGUACGGAAAAGCGGAGAGUCUCUUUCGUGAGCCACCACCGUUCGGUGUCAACCCCCGUCCCAGGGGAGUACCCCGAAGACAGCGACUUGCGCCGGAACUGGGUGAUGAUCUCCUCGCGGGACACUGGCGACCGGCUCGAUGAUACCUACAUGGAAGCCAACGAUGAAAUCAUCAUUACUCCAUCCGCACGCCCCCGGCGAGUCGUCCAUCGCCGAACUGCGACAACCCCGAGUUAUACCCGUCGCCGCACUGCCGCGAAAAAGACCCUCAUGUCCCAUCCGUCGGCGGGAUCGACCAAAUCCCAGUUCUCGUCGCCGGCCAAGCCGCACGAGAGCCCCGUGUCGGUCGAGACGCAGCGCUACAUGGCGCAGAAACGGCGGAUGGAGCGUGAAGAAGACGCCAGUCUGCGUCGGCUGAACCGCCAGCUCCAGGCGAUGAUCCGCGAGGGAAAGCAGGCGCUGGGGACGCGGGUAGAGGUGGAUGAUUACAUGGAAGAAUGA